UGCCCUGGGGUCCCGAGCGGGUCUGUGCGCUGGGAGGGAGCCUCACCUGGCCGCACAGGUGAGCGGCGGUGCUGCGCGGCGGCGGGCGAGUGCGGGGAGCAGGUUUCAUUUGAAGAAUGGAUGAUGAUGAUUUUGGUGGAUUUGAGGCUGCAGAGACUUUUGAUAACGGGAAUGGUGAAACUCAAGCUGUAUCUCCUGCUAUUCCGUGGGCUGCCUUUCCUACAGUAUCUGGAGUCCAUCUCUCCCCAGCUUCUCCUGAGAUUGUACUGGACCAUGAUUGCUCGGCACCUUCUGUUGGCCGUCUCUCUUCUGAUUCCAUCCUUUCAUUACCAGAGAAUUCUCUUGCAGAGAACAGCAUUGUCAGUCAAACUGUUGGACAGAUUCAGCAAUCAACACACACUCAUUUGGAUAUCUCACUUUUUCCAUUGGGUUUAACUGAUGAGAAAAGUAAUGGAACAAUUGCACUUGCGGAUGAUUCUGAGGCUCAUGGAGCCAAUAUAUCAAACAUCCAGCUUCAGCAGAAAAUUUCAAGCCUGGAGAUUAAACUCAAAGUUUCUGAAGAAGAAAAACAGAGAAUUAAAAAGGAUGUGGAAGCAUUAAUGGACAGGAACAGUGUCUUAGAAAAAGGCUUCUUAAAAGAAAAAGAGCAAGAGGCCAUUUCUUUUCAAGAUAGAUACAAAGAACUUCAGGAAAAACAUAAACAAGAAUUGGAAGACAUGAGAAAAGCUGGGCACGACGCUCUCAGCAUUAUUGUGGAUGAAUAUAAGGCACUACUGCAGUCUUCAGUUAAACAGCAAGUAGAAGCUCUUGAAAAACAGUAUCUUUCUGCAAUUGAGAAACAAGCCCACAUGUGUGAAGAGCUGCUAAAUUCCCAGCACCAGAGGCUCCUUGAAAUACUAGACACAGAAAAGGAGUUGUUAAAGGACAAAAUAAAGGAAGCUUUGAGUGAACAAGCUAAAGAACAGAAGGAAAUACUAGAAAAAUGUUUGGAAGAAGAAAGGCAACGAAAUAAGGAGGCAUUAGUAUCUGCUGCAAAGCUUGAGAAAGAAGCAGUGCAGGAUGCAGUUUUAAAAGCCAUUGAAGAAGAGCGAAAAAAUGUGGAAAAAGCACAUGCUGAAGAAAGAGAAUUAUGGAAGACUGAACAUGCAAAAGAUCAAGAACAAGUAUCUCAGGAGAUUCAAAAAGCUAUACAAGAACAAAGUAAAAUAAGUCAGGAAACUGUUAAGGCAGCAAUCAUAGAAGAGCAGAAGCGAAGUGAAAAGGCUGUGGAAGAGGCAGUGAAAAAAACAAGAGAUGAAUUGAUAGAGUACGUGAAAGAACAGACACGGCUCGAUCAAGUCAUCCGCCAAAGAAGCCUGUCCAGUUUGGAACUGUUCCUCUCCUGUGCCCAGAAACAAUUAAGUGCUUUACUAGCUACGGAACCAGUUGACAUUGAGUAAAGAAAGAGAACAUGGCAAGCUAACCCACACUGGCAAUGGAUCAAUCAUUCGACCUCUAAUACACAUGCUGUGAACUAUAAAGAUGCUUUUGUUUUCUUUCCAAGCUUGGAGAAGUGAUUUCCAGUUCAAGGAUAAACCAAAACAAUAAUUGGAAGGAUUAUCCAAUGAUCUAAGUUAUGAUUUUUGUUUUCUCCUUUACGAUUAUGGUAAUAGGACUGGUGAUUGUAGUUGUAGUAGCCGCUAGUAUCAGACCAAAAACUAUUGAAAAGAACCACACUACUGAAAAUUAAGUGAACAUUAUAGUCUCUAGUGACAUCUUAUCUUGGGUUUGACAAAUAGCAAAUGAAUUUACUUACUGUACAUGACUUUCUAAUGACUAUUGCUAAUAUGCUAAAAUGUAAUAAUGCAUUUAUUUGACUUUUAGAAUAGAAAUAGCAUGGAUUUCAACAUCACCUAUUUAUCUUUAUUACUUGAAUGUAAAACACUGAUGAUAGUCAUUCUGGUGUUACUAAAUUGAUGUUUGGAUCUAUGUAUUUCUAUCAAUCUACCUUAAACAAAUAAUACAAUUUUUUUAAAUCACUGAAAAUUAUUACAUUAAUUCAACCCUGAUCUCACAUACAUGUAAACUAAGGGGACACAUAUAUGAUAUAUUCUUGCUUUGUAUUUCUGCCCUUUAAAGGCACUAUGAAUCAAUAAAGUCAAUAUAAUAUGAGUAGAACCUUGAACUUGAUCUCUAAAAAGAGUGUAACUCAGUCAGUUUUAGGAAUUUAGGUUUAGAUAUAAGAAAUUUGAAAUUAUUUCUCAGUACUUCUUAAUGUACUUAAUUUAUGAGCAGUGUGCUGCAGCCUGAAAUCAUGAGUAUUUUUGACAUCAAAACUAAAUUAUGUUAUUAAAAUGUAUUCAAAUGUUUGAUCUGUUUUUGGGGUUUUUUUUUGAAAUGUUUCAAAUUCAUGGGCCUCUUUAUACUUUUCUGGGAUUUUGCAAUGUAAUAAAAAGAACCCCAAAACAUA